AUGGUUUCAAGACGCGGGACGAAACGGAAGGCCGGUGACAGUUGUGAACUAGUAUUCCCAUUCUUACCCAGCGAGCUGCUAGUGGAAGUCUUCCAGUCACUGGACAGCGUCAACCGCACCCGUUUCCGGCGCACGUGUGCUCUGUGGAACACGACACUCACCACGGAUGUCCAUUUCCCCGAGGUGCGGGUCUCCGGCCGCGUGGACGACAGUCCGCCGACCUGUACGCCGCCCUUAUUCUGGGCGCUGACGGGUCUUCUCCACGGCGCCAACAGCAGCACCAAAAGCAUCGUCCUCAUGUAUAUGGAUAUGAGCGAAUGCGCCGAUGCGGCCAAGAUGGUCCGCUACAUCAUCGGCCGAAACGGCCGCGUUGGGACGCUGGUAUUCGUUGGGUGUUCUCUACAAGCCUGGUGUUUGCAGAAUACUAUCGGCGGUUUGCUGGAAGUGUGUGGCGUAGCGGAGCGGGCUGGCUGGAUACGGUGCCGCAUCGCAGAGGAGCGCCUGACGGCCAUCGUGACGCAGUAUUGGGCCCUUUGUCUGCCCCCGGAGCCACUGGACGUCCAUUUGUGGGAUUUGUUUGAAAAUAGUCUCGUCAUAGAGAAACCGGUGGAUCUAGCGCUCUUGUCGGAGUGGAUUGCCCGGACGAUGCAGCAGAAUUAUUCAGACCAGCUUUGGCAGACUCUGGACCUUUACCAGCGCGUGGAUCCCCGGUCAACGCACUAUCGCGACCGUUGGUGGGCACUACCUUCCCCCCGGAAUGAUGUGGAUGUGAACAAACUGACCAAAAUCACCGCCGCGGCAAUGUACCGUGUGCUGAAGGGAUCGCACUGGCUGGCACCAUCUCGUCCACCAUGAACUUUUUUUCUUAAUAGUGAAAGCGACUCGAAAUUGGCUUCGAUGAUAAACAGAACUGCUGCUGUUAAAAUUCGGUAGUUUUGGGAGUUUGGUUUGAUGAAGCAUAAAUCUGCUUUGAGUGCCGUUGCGAUACAAUUGCUGAAAUAAUCCUUAAACCGGUCAUUCAUUCAUGUAUCGGGAGCAGACAGGCUGAUUAAACUUCUUUUAGAGUUGUUUUACUUGCUCUACUUCUUUGUAGCUAUUUGGCUUCGAAACGCGUAUGUUCUUAUGUUUUGUCUCAUUUGUCUGUAC